AUGGAUGAUUCUUCUUCACCUGCUGAAGACACCAAAAGCUGUCCUCGCGGUCACUGGCGACCGGCUGAAGAUGAAAAGCUUCGCCAACUUGUUGAACAAUAUGGUGCUCAAAAUUGGAACUCUAUUGCAGAAAAACUCCAAGGAAGAUCAGGGAAAAGUUGUAGGUUAAGGUGGUUCAAUCAGUUAGAUCCAAGAAUUAACAGAAGACCUUUUUCAGAAGAGGAAGAAGAGAGACUACUCGCGGCGCAUCGGAUUCACGGAAACAAAUGGGCACUAAUAGCAAGACUUUUUCCAGGAAGAACUGAUAAUGCUGUGAAGAAUCAUUGGCAUGUUAUUAUGGCAAGAAAACAAAGGGAACAAUCUAAGUUAUGUGGUAAAAGAACCUUUCAAGAAGUUUUUAAUAACUCCUCAAUUCUUAAUUUCCCUUAUACAACAAGAAAUAUUGGUUAUGAGAAUGGAAAAUUCUUUGAUAAUACUACUUCUUCUUCAAAUUCUCUCGCUUCAUGGAAUUUCGCUUCGGUACCAUCCACGACAACAAAAACUACUACUACUAGUUCUAUUGUAUUGGAUAAUUCGAUUACGAAAUUAGGAUCGAAUAUUUAUAGAGGCUCGGAUAAAUCAUUUCUAUACAGAAUUUGUCCAAAUCUUCCAAGCUACAAGAGAGUUAUUUCAAGUCCUUUUAGUUUUUUGAGUUCUGAUGGCGAUGGAAGGAUUAGGAAUUCGAAUAUGAUGAGUAGUUUAUGCGAUAAAUCGUCGAAGUUAGUCACAAACUUAAACUCUUCUAAAGAGAAAGAGUUGCAAGAAGAUCAUCAUGAAGCUGAACAGCAUAAAGAAGUUCCUUUCAUUGAUUUUCUUGGUGUUGGUGUUUCUUCAUCCUAA